GGGACAAUACAGGAAAAACUGCCACAAUUUUCACCUCAAUUUACCUCAAACAACAGCGUUGUGUUAGUGUAGUUAAUUUCACAUUUACAAAAGUGUGUAACUGUUAAGGAGAGAAAAGCGGUGACUACUUUAUUCCAUUACUAUGUUCUCUAUCAGUAAAGAGUUACAAGAAGUGUGAUAAAAUUACAUUGCACGAUAGAGUGUCUAAGGGGAAAUCAUCAUGUCCCAAAUGCAUAUACUUUACAAAUCAUUUGCAUUGCGUGAGGGGAAAUAUUCAAAAGACCAUCGAAGACAGCAUAAAGACAAGAAUUUGCGUCUCCACAACAGGCAGAUGGCGUGGAUACUUUUAGCGACUUUGCUCGUCAUGGCAACGGAAGCGAGCGAGUUAGCAAGAUCCUGGGAGAGGGCAGAGAUUUCGCUCGAGAAGUGGAAGAGAAUAAAUGCUCUGGAAGAAAACAAUUUAUACCUUUCGAUUCAUAUCAACUCAACCCACUUGAGAAUCUUGCAAGAACGAACAGUUCUCUACGAAUUCACAAGCAAAAGAGAGGAAGGAGGAAUACAUAUGCUUGUCCUGAACGAACGCACGGCCUCUGUCAUGGCGAGUCGGCGAUUUCGCACUUACCAGCCAUCGGAAGGGAAAAAUCUGCGAGACUCUCUGGAAGCUCUGCAACCUGGACGUGUUGUUAUUGUUGUAGGCCUGCCGGAUUUCCUCACCUUCCUGUCUCCGGAAGGGGAAGAUGCCCUGGUAAGAAUGGGUGCCCGCAUGCUGCCCCGGGUUAGUACGGGCGAGGCCUGGGCCAUGGCGGCAGUCACGGGGUCACCCCCCCAUCGAGCGACCGCUGACCUGUCGCGGGGAAAGGUCAUCGCGGAGGCCGUCGCGACGCGGGAGUACAAGAGACCCGCGAGGAGCCUCUUCCUGGAGAUGACGCUGGAAAGGGCGCCGCGAGACCGAGGCUGCAGUUGGCACGAGGAGGCGGAGUUGAAAGACCAGGCGGAGUUCUGCCGCUCGUACGAGGGCUACCGAGACCUGUGCAGCUGCGGGCGGCCUCUGGUGCCAGCCCGCCGCCCACGCCCGCCUCCGAUCCCGAUGGCGGAGGAAAUCCCAGUGGCCAUAGUAACCGCGAACAAGCCAUUCCACCUCUACAGGCUUUUGAGGAACCUGGGCGACGUGGCGGGAUCCGGGGAGACGCGAGUGCUUGUGGUGGUGGACGGGCCGCACCUGGAGACCCUGCACCUGGCGAGGCUCUUCGGAGUCGAGGUGGCGGUUCACUCGCCCCAGGGCUUGCCGGGGGAGAAUACGAGAACGAACAUGAACAUAGCAUUUGCUCUGUACAGCGUGUUCAACCGAUGGCCGCAUGUCAACAAGGCCAUCCUGCUUGAGGAUGACCUUCUUCUCGCUCCAGACAUCUUGAGUUAUUUCCACCAGACCGCCUGGCUGCUGACCCGUGACCCGACGCUCUAUCUGGUCAGCGCCUUCGGUCAGAACUCCUACCCGAGCACGGCCUGUGACCCGACGACUCUCCUCCGUGCCGACAUGUACCCGCAAUAUGGCUGGAUGACCUGCCGAAGGUGGGCGACGCAGGUCCUGCCGGACUGGGUGCCCGCCGGUAGCGGGGUGGACUGGGACUGGUGGCUAUACACCGAAGGCGUGCGUCGGGGCCUGCAGGCGGUGGUGCCCGAGGUGUCUCGAACCGCCCACGCCGGUGCUGCGGGCGCCCACGUGACGGGCUGGGAGCAACACCAUUACUUCGAUCCAAGGCUCAUCAACUACCGCCCACACGUGCAGCUCAGGAAUGUGCAUAGAUUAUUGGCGGACAACUAUUCCGAAUGGUUCGAAGAUGAGAUCCGACGAGCCACGAAGAUUCAGCUUCGAAGUCAUCCUUGCCACUACAAUAUUAUCCCUAAGAAGAAACCGGGUCCUUUUGUCUUAUACGUGGGCGUUGGAAGCAGAGCAGAUGAUGACAACAGCUUCUUCUUUAUGCAAGCUUGCCUAGGAACAGACGAGCAAGAAGUGAAGGAAAUUUACGAAGGCGUGUUAACGUUUCGAGUGCGCCCAUUCUCCCACGCCUACGCCCAUGACCGAACGCAGGCCCGAUCUCAGGAUCUGGCAGCCCAGGACCCCGUCAACGCCACCCUUGAAACAGCAAAGGCUCGGAGUCUCGGUUGCGAAAAGGAGUCCCACGUUCUGUACAUUGUCGGCUGUCCCUUGUCCAAGUACUGCAAAUAUUCCGCUGGGACAAGUGACUGGAUCGCACCGUCUGAAUCCUUCAGGAAAGAGGCUGACAGGGUUACUAUGAUGAGAAAAACAGCUGGGGACCUGAGAACCAUGAGAAUAAGACUGACUCCAAAAUCAGCCAGUGAAGAAUUUAAUCUCACCAACUUUCAGGAUAUUUCGAGAAGAGGGACUGGGUGAUGCAAUUCAAAAACAAUAAUAAAACAUAAAUAAUUGUGACGAACUAUAACGUUUGUUUUCAAACCUUCGGUCUUCAUAUUAGCGCAUCUUACAAAAACAUACAUGUACUUUAGCCCGUAUCCGUUUUCGUUGUCUUUGGUCGAAAUUAUGGGAAGGCAUUCCCUUUCACUCGAAAUCAGGGAAAGCAUGCCCCUUCAAUUCAGAUCAGAAGAGAAAUGCAUCCUCUCUCAAAUUCAGGGAGAAAAUACCCCUUCAGUCAAAAUCAGGGAAAGUAAGUAUCCUUUUAGUCAAAAUCGGGGAAAGAAAGGCACUUUUUAGUCGCGAGAUUGCCCCUAAAGACUAAUCAGUGAACAGUACUAUAUAAAUCAUAGGUACUUCAUCUUAGAACACGAAACGUACUGUUGACAAAUCCUUUUUAUGCUUCACUUCAGCAAUUCCUUUGUUUUCUGAUAUACAUUUUUAUUAAAGAACGGCAGAGGAAAGGGCAAACGUAAAAAGCAAAAGUUAAUAUGUUUAUUAAAACAAAUUGGGGAAAAUAAAAAGGAAAAUUAUGAAAAUGCGACUAGCUAGAAAAAAGGUGGAAUACAUUCAAAUCAAUUUAAUACAGUACUCCGUAGUUCAAAAUAUGACCAUAUAUAUAUACUUCAUUUUUUCUUUACAAAGUGUUCUAAUUCAUAAUAUGGAAUUGGAUAUAUAUAUAUAAAAUAAUGUAUCGAGAAACUGGUAUUAUACUAUAAUUAAUCCUGAUAACAGUGGGGUUUCAGUAAUACAAUAAUUCAGUCAUACAAAAAAUACUGUAGCUUUACAAAUUCAGAAGGAAAGAAUUU